UGGGAGGGGAUCAGACCAGGGGGCUAUAUAACCCUUCAGUGUUCAGCCUCCCGGGACACCACCCACCCAGAGUGGAGAAGCCCAGCCAGUUGCCGCUGCCUUCAGGAGCCCCGAGAAGCUUCUCCAGCUAUGUGUGAAGAGGAAGACAGCACAGCUCUGGUGUGCGACAAUGGCUCUGGGCUCUGUAAGGCCGGCUUCGCUGGUGAUGAUGCGCCCAGGGCUGUUUUCCCAUCUAUCGUGGGACGUCCCAGACAUCAGGGAGUGAUGGUGGGAAUGGGACAAAAAGACAGUUACGUCGGGGACGAAGCACAGAGCAAGAGAGGGAUCCUGACCCUGAAGUAUCCGAUAGAACAUGGCAUCAUCACCAACUGGGACGACAUGGAAAAGAUCUGGCACCACUCCUUCUAUAACGAGCUUCGAGUGGCCCCUGAAGAGCAUCCGACCUUGCUGACAGAGGCGCCGCUGAACCCCAAGGCCAACCGGGAGAAGAUGACCCAGAUCAUGUUUGAGACCUUCAAUGUCCCUGCCAUGUAUGUGGCUAUUCAGGCUGUGCUGUCCCUCUACGCCUCUGGACGUACAACUGGCAUUGUGCUGGACUCUGGAGAUGGUGUGACUCACAACGUGCCUAUCUACGAGGGCUAUGCCCUGCCUCACGCCAUCAUGCGUCUGGACUUGGCUGGCCGAGAUCUCACCGACUACCUCAUGAAGAUCCUGACUGAGAGGGGCUAUUCCUUCGUGACUACUGCUGAGCGUGAGAUUGUCCGUGACAUCAAGGAGAAGCUGUGCUAUGUCGCUCUGGACUUUGAAAAUGAGAUGGCCACUGCUGCCUCCUCUUCUUCCCUGGAGAAGAGCUAUGAACUGCCUGACGGGCAGGUGAUCACCAUCGGGAACGAACGCUUCCGCUGCCCAGAGACCCUCUUCCAGCCAUCUUUCAUUGGGAUGGAAUCAGCGGGCAUCCAUGAAACCACCUAUAACAGCAUCAUGAAGUGUGAUAUUGACAUCAGGAAGGAUCUCUAUGCUAACAACGUCCUCUCAGGGGGCACCACCAUGUAUCCAGGCAUUGCUGAUAGGAUGCAGAAGGAGAUCACAGCCCUGGCUCCCAGCACCAUGAAGAUCAAGAUCAUCGCCCCUCCAGAACGCAAGUACUCUGUCUGGAUCGGCGGCUCCAUCCUGGCGUCUCUCUCCACCUUCCAGCAGAUGUGGAUCAGCAAACAGGAAUACGACGAAGCUGGCCCCUCCAUCGUCCACCGCAAAUGCUUCUAAGUCACCCCCUGCUCUGUCUCUAGCACACAACUGUGAAUGUUUUGUGGAUCAGCGCCUUCAGUUCCUUUUCAAAUCAUUCCUAUCCAAAGCUUUGAUGUGUUACUCGUGUUUUUUAAUAAAUCAGACAUGUGCUACCCCCUUAA